AUGAGCGCAAAUAAGCAAACCGCGGUGUUGGAGAAGAAGCCAAUUUCAUUCUCGAACAUCCUUUUGGGUGCGGGUUUGAACCUUUCCGAAGUGACCACGCUUGGGCAGCCCCUAGAGGUUGUCAAGACCACAAUGGCUGCCCAUCGUAAUAUAAGCUUCUUUCAAGCUAUCAAGCACGUUUGGUCACGUGGUGGCAUAUUCGGAUUCUACCAAGGCUUGAUACCUUGGGCAUGGAUCGAGGCCUCUACCAAAGGUGCUGUUCUACUAUUUGUUUCAGCUGAAUCUGAAUAUCGUUACAAAGUUAUGGGUUUGAACAAUUUUACCGCUGGGAUCAUGGGUGGUGUCACUGGUGGUGUUGCUCAAGCUUAUUUGACCAUGGGAUUCUGUACUUGUAUGAAAACAGUUGAAAUUACGAAGCAAAAGAGUUCCGCUGGGGGUGUUCCACAAUCUUCCUGGAGUGCCUUCAAGGAUAUUUACAAAAAAGAGGGUAUCAGGGGAAUUAACAAGGGUGUUAAUGCUGUUGCAAUUAGACAAAUGACCAACUGGGGUUCACGUUUCGGUCUUUCAAGAUUGGUGGAAGAAGGUAUUAGAAAUUUCACUGGAAAAACGAAUCCUGAUGAUAAACUAACAGCAUUAGAGAAAAUUUUUGCAUCAGCUAUCGGUGGUGGUUUAAGUGCUUGGAAUCAGCCUAUUGAAGUUAUUAGAGUCGAAAUGCAAUCCAAGAAGGAAGAUCCAAAUAGACCAAAGAAUUUGACAGUUGGGAAGGCAUUUAAGUACAUUUACAAUUCUAACGGUAUCAAAGGCUUGUACCGUGGUGUUGCCCCAAGAAUAGGUUUAGGUGUCUGGCAAACAGUUUUCAUGGUUGGUUUCGGUGACAUGGCGAGAGAAUUCGUUGGUAAGUUAACCGGUGAGAAGCCAGCUGCAAAGCACUAA